CACUUUCCUGCUGGGCCUGUCACACGGCUGCUCCCCUCCACCUGAAACCUAGCCCUGAUCCCCCCGGCCCACGCGGCACAACUGGCCCAUGGAACAUAUCAGGGACAAAGAGAAGCCUUGGCCAGCUCCUCACAGCCCCCGUUGCCCGGGGCAAGGGGUAACAGCUUUGGUUCAUUGCUGUGUGAAAGUCCCACUCGGACCUUAACCCUGCACCUGCUGCAUCUGGAAGAUAAUGGAGCAAGUAAUUAAGGAAAUCAUCUGCAAACACUUGGAAGGUGACUGCACUGCGAAGUGCCGUGUGGCAUAACCUUGCCCUACAAUGUGGACGUGGCAGAAUUUGCUGAGCUGAGGAUGGUUACUCAUUGUCUAACACCUUAAUUGUUAUUUUUAAUUUUAAAACAUUUAACAAAAAGUGACAUUUAACCCUAAGAACGAGCCAUAGCACAGAAAACGAGAACCACAGAAAUGGUGAAGAAGAGUCUUUCAGGCUCUGAAACCUGAUCUACAAUGGAAAAGCUGCUUUUGUAUCUGCUGUUCAUUGGCAUAGCAGUGAGAGCCCAGAUCUGCCCCAAGCGCUGUGUCUGUCAGAUUUUGUCUCCAAAUCUUGCAACCCUUUGUGCCAAGAAAGGGCUUUUAUUUGUUCCCCCAAACAUUGACAGAAGGACUGUGGAACUGCGACUGGCGGACAAUUUUGUUACAAACAUCAAAAGGAAAGAUUUUGCCAACAUGACCAGCCUCGUGGACCUGACGCUAUCCAGGAAUACAAUAAGUUUUAUUACACCUCAUGCGUUUGCUGAUUUGCGCAAUUUGCGAGCUUUGCAUUUGAACAGCAACAGGUUGACUAAGAUCACCAAUGACAUGUUCAGUGGUCUUUCCAACCUGCACCAUUUGAUACUUAACAACAAUCAGCUGACUUUAAUUUCUUCCACAGCCUUUGAUGAUGUUUUAGCUCUUGAGGAACUGGAUUUGUCCUAUAACAAUCUAGAAACUAUCCCUUGGGAUGCUGUGGAGAAGAUGGUUAGCUUGCACACGCUCAGUUUAGACCACAAUAUGAUUGACCAUAUUCCUAAGGGAACUUUCUCCCACCUCCACAAGAUGACCCGGUUAGAUGUCACGUCAAAUAAAUUGCAGAAGCUGCCACCUGAUCCUCUCUUUCAACGAGCUCAGGUAUUAGCAACCUCAGGAAUCAUCAGCCCUUCUACUUUUGCAUUAAGCUUUGGUGGAAACCCUUUGCAUUGCAACUGUGAACUCCUGUGGCUGAGGCGUCUUUCCAGAGAAGAUGACCUAGAGACUUGCGCUUCUCCUCCACUGUUAUCUGGUCGGUAUUUUUGGUCAAUUCCAGAGGAAGAGUUCCUGUGUGAACCACCUCUCAUUACUAGAUAUACCCAUGAGCUCAGAGUGCUGGAGGGUCAACGGGCAACUCUGAGAUGUAAGGCCCGGGGCGAUCCGGAGCCAGCCAUUCAUUGGAUUUCACCAGAAGGCAAACUUAUUUCAAAUGCAACAAGGUCGCUGGUGUACGACAAUGGAACGCUAGAUAUACUUAUAACAACUGUGAAGGAUACAGGCUCCUUCACCUGCAUAGCAUCGAACCCUGCAGGAGAAGCCACUCAAACGGUGGAUCUUCACAUAAUCAAACUUCCUCAUUUGCUAAACAGUACAAACCACAUUCACGAGCCUGACCCUGGCUCCUCGGACAUCUCGACAUCCACCAAGUCAGGGUCAAAUGCGAGUAGUAAUAAUGGGGAUACUAAAGUCAACCAGGAUAAGAAAGUUGUAGUAGCAGAAGCAACAUCAUCCACUGCGCUACUCAAAUUUAAUUUUCAAAGAAAUAUACCUGGAAUACGUAUGUUCCAAAUCCAGUAUAAUGGUACUUACGAUGACUCACUUGUUUACAGAAUGAUACCUCCCACGAGCAAAACUUUCCUGGUCAACAACCUGGCCGCUGGGACUCUCUACGACCUGUGUGUCUUGGCAAUCUAUGACGACGGCAUCACCUCCCUCACGGCCACCAGGGUCGUUGGGUGCAUACAAUUCACUACCGAGCAGGAUUAUGUCCGUUGCCAUUUCAUGCAAUCCCAGUUCCUGGGCGGCACCAUGAUUAUCAUCAUUGGUGGGAUUAUCGUGGCCUCUGUGCUCGUGUUCAUCAUCAUCCUCAUGAUCCGCUACAAGGUAUGUAACAACAACGGGCAGCACAAGGUGACCAAGGUCAGCAAUGUUUAUUCUCAGACCAACGGUGCUCAGACACAAGGCUGCAGUGGUGCGAUACCCCCAUCAAUGUCCAAACAGGCCGUCGGGCAUGAGGAGAGCGUCCAGUGCUCCAGAGUCCCCAAUGACAGUGCGACUCAGUCCUCAGACACUUGCUCGAGCCAGGACUCCACUACCACUACCUCUGCACUGCCUCACACGUGGACUUCCAGCGCUUCUGCCUCCCAAAAGCAGAAGAGAAAGCCUGGGCCAAAGCCAAGCAACGAGCCACCGAGCGAAGCUCUCACAAAUACCGAGUCCCAGAACACUAACCGAAAUAACUCCACUGCGCUGCAGCUAGCUAGUCGUUCCCCGGCCCCUGCCAAAGGGCCCCCCACCUACAAAAGAGCACAAUCAAAGCCAAGUAAGUUUCUCACUUUGCCAGCUGAAACAUCCAGAGCAAAGCGCAGGUACUCCCUGAAUGGAGAAUUAAUGGAAUACCGUUGGUAUGGUAACUCCCACAACACAGGUGGAUUAUGGUCUAAAAGGAGCAUGUCUAUGAAUGGGAUGCUAAUUCAGUCAGACAAUUCUGAUGUGGAUAGUGGAAAAGCAACUUUCUCGAGUUCUGAGUGGAUAUUGGAAAGCACUGUGUGACCUGCUGUUUAAAGUGUAUUUGAUUUUAUUGUCAUGAAAAACAAAACAGCAAACACUGUCUGAGACCUCCCUGCUGGGAGAUGGGGCUUUGGAAUCCACUCCUGGCUUGCUGAGUUCUGGCUUGUCCAGGCAGGGUUCUGUGUGAGCUGCCCGGGGCACACAGGUUUUGUUCUGUUUAUUUUAUUUUAUUUAAUAUAACAACCGAAGGCAACAUUCAAAGAUAAAAUGAUUAAAGGAAAAAAGCAUGAAACAGCACCAGUGCCUUCCCCUACUCUAGGACUGGCUUCCUGGUUCUGCAGUAGCAGAAAACAAAAGAGAGUUUCACAGAAAAAGCCUUUUCUAAAGGAAAUGCUCUUUCCUCCAUGCUAACAAAAGACAACUUAUGGAUCAAUCAGUAAAAUGAUAUUUUUUAAAAUGAUCAGACUGUAUGUUUCUUUUCAGUGACAAUGGUGUUGCCUUUGUUUUUAGGCAAAUGCUGUACAGAAACAACAACUCUGUGUUGUUAUGUUGUGUAAAAUAAAAGACUCAAUAAGUGUACCCAGCCAGUGUUAAAGGAAGUCCCCUUGGAAGCAGUCUUCUUGGUGUAGGUUCCUCAGGGGUUCCCUGGUAUUGACAUUACCAGCCGUUUUCCCAGCUUGGGCAGGGAGGGGAGGAGAAAGGAGAUGCCCUCAGUGUUCUGGGGUGAGUAAAAGUUCUGUUUUAGUGUGUGGGAAUGAAGACACGGGGCCAGAUCCUCAUCUGGUGGAGACGGGUGUUGCUUCUCCCCAGCCAGUGACAAUGCCUGUGCACCAGCAGAGGACUUGGCUCCGAGCCAGAAUCCCAAAUGCAGAUGUGUCGGCAUUCAGGGCUUUGAUGUGUGUUGUGUAGGGGUCAACAAAG